UGCACGCCGCGCACCGACAGUAGAGCAAGCCACCGAGCAUCCAAUACUGAGUCCGUCCUCCCUGUUGCUCGGAUAUGGCUGAUGCAUUGGACCCCCCACUGCCGGUCACCGCGUCCCCAAGGCGUGCCAGGAGUGCCGAAAGCGCAAAAUCCGCUGCAAUGGCCUGAACCCGUAAGAUCACUCCGCCCAGGCGGUGGCAGUUCAGCUGUGGAACUGAACCUGACGUUUCUUUCCAGAUGCAAAACAUGUCAGCAGAGGAAUACCCCCUGCAUGUACAGGGACUUCAUCCGGCAUCGAAGGAAGAAGCAUGAGUAUCAAGAGGCCCGACAUGAGGACCAGCCCCGGCGAGCCUCGCCGGCGGGCACCCCAUCGACCAGACCUCGGAGCUCAUCAAUUAUGCAUACUUUUCCCAACAGCGUCUCGGCCACGCAUAUGGCAUCGCCUUCAUGUCAGAUGCAGCUCUACUACGGACCCACUUCGCAUUUUGCGCUGAUGCAACAUAUCUACCGGGAUCUCGUCUCCAACCCGACUUCCCAUCCGGCACCCUCGAGCGGAGUCGAAGAAGCAGGCGCUGGCCUGGAUCUAUUCAGCUUCCGUCGUAUCUUUUUUGGGACCCCAGACACCCAUGACAUCGGCAAGUAUGCGGGUGUGGGCGAUGUCCCGCUGAUGUUCUUAUCAUAUGAGUUGGCAAAAGUCUUCCUUUCGCGAUUCUUAAACACUCUCUACUAUCUAAUGCCUCUUCGCCCCAAAGCUUAUUUAGCGCAAUGCCUAGAGGAGCUCUAUGACCCUUCUCCUGCGGUGCACCCGGAUACUCUCACUCAGGCCAUCAUCUUGAUGUCGCUGGCAACUGGCUCCCUAGGCACCGAGUAUUUUGCCUGGGGCGACGUACUUUUUGACCGUGUCAAGACGUCGUUAACAUCAUACGACGACGUUGUUAAUCUACAAACUGGUCGGCCCAAUUCGGCCUUUUUGCAUCUUGGGUCCGCCGCUCGCAAGGCUCUGUCUGCUGGCUUACACAAAGAUGUCCCCCAUGGCGAUUCUCAAAACCAUGAGACCAUUGAAGAGCGACGAAUCACAUUCUGGUCUCUCUAUCUUUAUGAAACGUGGUUCUGCUUUCACUCUGGUCGACCCAGCUCAUUGUCUUUGAAAGAUGUCGCAAUCGAAUAUGCACAGGAUCCAUUUAUUCGGCUCUUGGCUGAACUCUGCAAGACGAUCUCGCGAUCCACCAACGAGAUCUACGGCCAUCGUCACGAGUCAUUGUUACACAUGUGGCGGGUGGCCCGCUCAAUUACUCAUGACCUUCGUGGCCAAGAGGUGCACAUGCAACAGGCAUUGGGCUUUGGGCUGAAUGCAAGUAUUCAAACAGGAUCUCUGGGUGUCCGGCAGACAAUUUUUACUACUUUGUACUGGCACACUCUUCUCCUUACUUUCCGCCCUUUCUUAAUCUUCCGCGGCCACUGGCAGCGGGACAUGAAAAUGUCACUCCAACAACCCGGUGGCGAUGCAUCCAGUCGUCCAACCGAAAUUCCCGCCUGGCUGAAUGAGGCUUGCGAUCAUGCUCUUACCGCCGCGAGGAAAACAAUUCAUCACCUAUGUGAAGCAGCUCGUGCUAAUGACUUAGUCAAGGUGCCGCAAUUACGAUACCAUGGAUAUUUUAUUAGCAGCUCAACCUUCACGUUGAUAUAUGACCUGCUCCAUGAUCCAGCUGCAGCAGCAACGCACCUGCCUUGGGUAUACGCUUCCCUACAGAAUCUGUCCACGAUGCGAAAAGGCGAUCCCAUUGACAGCACAAUCGCGGCGGUCCAAACAGUGCUGCGCAACAUCAAGCCUUCUUAUGAAUGGACACCCCAUCCCACGCCUGAAGAGAAUUCGACAUACCGCUCGGAGGGGCCAAUAUCCGUUUCUCGAACUCCUGACAAUGCCAACCGUCAACAAGGAAACCAUACUAGUGUUUCGUUUCCUCAAAACCUGUUCCACGGCCAACAGCCAGACCUAUCAACACCUCAAUGGAGCCUUCCACUGCUCGAGGGACCGGAGACUGGUGGGUCUGGCGGCUCAAACGAGGAUCUCCUCGACUUCACCCAGUCCGAUAUGGGGUGGAAUUUCGAUUUCUCGACUAUGGAUUUAGAGGCGUUUUUCUCUAUAUACCAGUCCGUGGACCAUUCAUUUCCCUAG